CAGCAUCUGUGGAGGGAAAUGGACAAUCGACAUUUCGGGUUGAGACAGUUCAGAUGAAGGAUCUCGAUCCGGAAAGGUCCUUCCGAUCGGAGCGAUGGGGCCUUUGGACAUUCGGCUAACGUUUUUUGUUGCUCUACGUGUUUACGAGAUGGGGUUGCUGGGCAUAUGGCCAACUCACCCACGCUCGUCGCCGGGCUUAGACAGUCCAUUGGGCGUUUUCUUAUCUUUUCACUGUUUAAUUUGUUUUUGAUCCCACACUAACAUGGAAAUAGCCAGAAUUCCCACUGAACCCAUCCAACAACAUAAUGUUCAUUCCCCGAGUCUGCAGCGCGCGUAGUGGACAAUCGCGGUACUGCAGGGGAUCGGCAGCUCCCCGAAAGUGAAAGCAUUCUGAAUCAGGAAGUGUCAGGAGUUAACAUGGCUUCGAAAGGACCGGUCGAGAGUUUAACAGAGGAGGCAAUUUGUCCCGUCUGCCUGGAUUUCUUCACCGAUCCGGUUAUACUGGAGUGUGGACACAACUUCUGUCGCUCUUGUAUCACACGGUGUUGGGAAAGGGAGCAGAGAAACUCCUGCCCGGAAUGCAGAGAGGUGUUUGCUGACCGCACCCUCAGGGUGAAUCGGGCCUUAGCAAAUCUGGCUGAAAAAUCUCGAAAUCUUGACCUGAAUCGGAAAGGGAAGGAAAGUAAACGUCACUGCGAGGAACAUGAGGAAGAACUGAAGCUGUUUUGUGAAAAGGACAAGACACUAAUCUGUCUGGUCUGUGCAGUUGCGGAGGAACACAGAGAGCACCGCUUCCUGCCGAUUAAAGAAGCUGUUAAAAUCUACAAGGAUCAGCUAAAAUCUUCCUUAGACUCUCUCACAAAAAAGAAAUCAGACUUCCAGAAAAAGGAGCAGCAACAGAAACAGAAGAUUUCCGGAGUUCGGGAACAGACACACAGCAUUCAGUCCCACGUCACAUCCCAGUUUGCUGAACUGCGCCAGAUUAUCACUGAGAAAGAGCAGAGCUUACUCAGGGAUCUCAGGGAAGAAGAGAAGAGGAUUCUCAACCCAAUGGAGAAAAAUCUUCGGGAGAUUCAAGAGAAUAUAAUUUUAAUUCAGGAGGAAAUCUCAAAGAUAAAGGAACAGAUGGAUCAAAAAGACAGUGUGAUAUUUCUCAAGGAGGAAGCUCGUCGGAACAGAAGGAUUAAUGACGAUGUCCAUGAAUUGGCAGUGACAGAUGAGACACUACCGGUUGAAAAAUUCGAUCACCCCUAUUUGUUGAACACAGUGCUGAGAGAAACGCUUGAUGCUAUUUAUCGAGUCUCUGUCACCCUGGAUGUGGAAACGGCGCAUCCGGGUCUCGAGGUGUCUGGGGAUCGGAAGAGUGUGAGAUGGAUCUGGACCUGGAGGAAUCUCCCUGACACUGGGAAGAGAUUCACAGACUGGAUUUGUGUGCUGGGAUCGGAGGGAUUCCCAUCGGGGAGACAUUACUGGGAGGUGGAGGUGACGGGGAAUCAGCGCUGGUUUCUGGGAGUCGCCGCCGAGUCUGUGGAGAGGAAGAGACGGGUCAGUCUGAGUCCGGAGACCGGAUUCUGGGUCAUCAGGCGGGUUGGUGACGUGUUACAUUGGGAUUGUGACGUGUCCGGUCGCCCCUCCCCCGGGUCCCGUCUCGCUGCCGGUCCCAUCCCCGGGAGGGUGGGAGUUUAUCUCAGUUACGAGUCCGGGACAGUUUCAUUUUACAACGCGGAGACCAAGGCCCAUCUCCACACCUUCACUGGAAAUAAAUUCACGGGGAAACUUUAUCCUUUCUUCCGGACCGGGGAUGUGAACCAGUGGCUGAGAAUCUGCUCCGGUUCCGCUCCGGGUCUGUAAACGGGUCGGGUCCCGGGACCGGCGUCAGGAGUAAAGUCCCUGUAAAUAUAAAUGUGCGGAGAGUGCAGCUAAAUACGUGGCUAAGGGGAUGGUGCAGGAGGGAGGGCUUCAUGUUUCUGGUCAAUUGGGCUUUGUUCCCGGGAAGGUGGGGCCUGUUCCGACGGGACGGUUUGCCCCUAAACUGGGCGGGGGGGGGGGAGGAAUAACAUUCUUGCGGGUAGAUUUGCCAGUGCUGCUCCGGGGAAUUUAAUCUAGAUUUGCAGAGGGAGGGGAACCAGAGUGUCAGAGCAGAUAGUGAGGUGCAGGAGGAUAAGGAACAUGAGAGGACUGCAUGUAUAAACGGAAAUGAUAAAAAAGCAGAUGAUAUACAUAUUCUCAGGAACAUCUAUUUCAAUGCACGGAGUAUUGUCGGUAAAACAGAUGAGUUUAGGGCUUGGGUUGACACGUGGGAUAACGUCAUUACUGCUAUUAGUGAGGGGCAGAACUGGCAGCUUAAUGUUCCGGUAAAAUUGGAGAAGGGCCAAUUUUGUGGAAAUGAAAAAGGAUCUAGGAAGAGUGGAUUGGGAUAAGAUUUUUUUUCUGGCAAGGAUGUGCUCAGUAAGUUCACAGGCAUAAGAAAUUAAAUAGAGAUUGGGUUGGAAAUGUUAUAGCAACUUCAUUUAAUUCAAAAUCGAGAGGAGUUGCAAUUUCGGUUAAUAAAUCUUUACCAAUUAAAAUACAAAAUGUAAUAAUUGAUUCUGUGGGGAGAUAUGUGAUUAUACAUUGUCAAAUUUUUUCUGAAUUAUGAACUUUUAUGAACAUUUAUGCACCAAAUGAAAAUGAUGCAAAAUUCAUACAAGAAGAUUUUUUGAACUUGGCUGACGCAAAUGAUAAAAUAUUAAUAGGCGGAGAUUUUAAUUUUUG